AUGGAAAAUGCAAAUUUUGCAGAGUAUCUUGCUAUUUUAGUAGCAGAAGCUUGGGCUAAUAGAAUUAAUAUAAGGGAGCGGGUGAAGAGUGUUCAAUGUCUCCCAAGAGAGACAGUCCUGCAACCUCAUCUCAUGGCACACCAAGCUGGUCUGGUGCCUGAAGGAAGUGAAGUCCACUGGAAUUUAGCUGCAAAUCCCAUCAUUGAUUGUAAUAGUACUAGUAUGAGUAGACUUGAUACUUCCAUGUAUGUUAAGCAAAUUAUUCAUAUAUAUUGGGUGCCAAUUGUUACCAAGAGAUUUGUGAAUGAACCCUCGUUUACUCAUGCUAGUACUAUCGAAGUCGAUUUUUGUAUUGCAAACCGUAGUCUCCCUAGGUCGCCCCAAGGAUAUCCAUGUAAGGAUCCUACUAAAGUCACUACUGAUGACUUUGUUUUCACUGGGUUUCGUGGUGAAAAAUCUACUGAAAAUAUAUUUGGUAACAAUAUAACUUUAGCAUUUGUAGAUGAAUUCCCCGCCAUAAAUGGUCUAGGUCUUUCCAUGGCAAGGUUAGACUUGGCCGUGGGUGGAGUUGUCCCUGUCCAUUCUCACCGAACAUCAGAAAUUAUUGUUGUCAUAAAUGGGACAAUUAUAGCAGGCAUAAUCGACACAAACAACACUGCAUAUUAUAAAAGAUUAGAGGCUGGCGAUGUCAUGAUCUUUCCACAAUUCUUACUUCACUUCCAGAUCAAUGUUGGUAAAACUCGAGCUCUUGCAUUUGUUGCCUUGAAUGGCGCAAACCCAGGUAUACAAACCACUUCCACCUCCUUAUUCGGUGGCAAUUUACCUGCUGAAAUAGCGUCGAAGAUCACCCUCAUAAGUCCCGAGGAAGUAAUACGCUUGAAGAAGAUAUUUGGUGGAAUUAGCCCGGCUUCAUACAUCGCUUAG